GUCCAGACGCAGGUCUAGGACCGCUGACGACCUCAGCGUUCGCGUGUGCGGUCGACGGCCGCGCCGCCUGGAAGCCGGAACUCGCAAUGGAACGUUGCAACCUUUUCGUGGGGUCGUUUCGUCUUCUCAUCGUUCUAAACCUCUUUGUAUCGUUUUUCAUGCUGCUGGCAGUGAGCAUGACUCUCGCGAGUGGUGCAGCGCCUUUACGGAAGCCGCAGUCAGCUGCCACGGGAGCCGGUGGCGAACGAGCAUCAGUCCCAGGAGCAAGAGCAGGCGUCGGUCGUGCUCAAGAUGCAACAACCGCGGGAGGAAGAGGAGCAAAUGGUAAUAGUAAUGAGAACACAAUUCUCCAAGAACUACCCAGCAGCGGGAUGGACGUCCGUAACAACGCUACAACCCUGCAACUACCCAGCGGUGGUACAGACGUACCUUCAGGGCGUGUCACAGUCGAGGUCGAGCGAACUACUUCGUACUACUCGUCCUCUUACUCUUCCUCGUCGUGGAGCUCGAGUUCUCCAUCUCGCGCGUCGUCUGAUAGCAGCCGCGGUGGUCGACGGAACGAGCCUUCUCGUCUCUACUUUUACGCAGACCAUGCGGAUAUCGAUGAUAUCCAGAGUGACGCACUAGUUCAACGUGAGGAUCUAGACUUAUUACAACAUCUAGAUGUUGAAGAAAAUGAACAAUGGAGUGAAUCUCACUUGGAACAAGAAGGAUUUUUAGGGGGUCGUGGGAGCCUCUCGCAAAGAGGUAGACACCAAUCACGAUCUGGUCCUCCGAAAGUCAUACUGCGCGAUUUGCGCGAGAGCAAGACAGCACCGAGCGGUGUUGUUGAGCACUAUGUUAUCGCAUCGGACGACGAAAUAUCAGAGGCUUUUGCCUCCUCUUGGACAGGUUCGGGGGCGAACACACCCCGACUUUUGGAUAGUAUUCGUUUUGCACAGAAAGACCUCGAGGAUAGCGAGCGGCUAAUUACUUGUCGAGACAAUGCUAUUGCUAUUUCCCAAAAUUUGAAUUCAUCUUUUGACCAUCUUCAUCAUUUUGAUUCCUUCAAUAGCAAUAUGAUAGCAAAAAAUGAACCUUUUUCAAACAGGGGCAUAGAAAUAGAAAAAAGUGUAACAUUUUCACACGUCGAAGACACCGGUUUGUUUAAGUUUGAGAAUACAGCAAAUGCAAAGGAGCAUGAUAGAUCCGAACAACAAGAAGUAGAACUAGGUGAUGAGCCACAACUUUGCGUUGAUGAAGAGGACAUCAUCUCCGAUCGAUCACACAGCUAUGCGGUGGAGGAUUACGGUUAUCUGCGUAAAGAGACUAUCUCGCCGCUCGGGCAACCCACCGAAGAUGUUGAUAACGAUAACGAAGGCACAUAAGCCUGAUGAAAGUUUUCACUUUCUGAAAAUAUGUGGAAAGCCCUCCACGAUCACGUCAC